AUGGACAAUGCGAGAAUGAGCGCCUCCUUCUUGGAGCACCCCAUCCUCAACGCAGGAGACUCGGGGACCUGCUCCGCCCGAGCCUACCACCCAGACCAUGGGAUUACAACUUUUCAGUCGUGCGCGGUCAGUGCCAACAGCUGCGGGGGCGACGAGCGCUUCCUGGUGGCCAGGGGGGUCCAGAUGAGUCCCCCCCACCACCCUCACGCCCAUCAUCACUACCCCCAGCCGGCCGCCUACCAGCACCUCAACAACCUGGGUAUGUCUUAUUCCCACUCCAGCUGUGGCCCGGGGUUCGGAUCGCAGAACUUCAGCGCAGGUUACAACCCCUACUCAUUAAAUCAGGAAGCAGACGUAAGCGGCGGGUACCCCUCGUGCGCUCCCGCUGUUUACUCUGGAACUCUCUCAUCUCCCAUGGUCCAGCAUCACCACCACCACCACCACCAGGGUUAUGCCGGGGGCGCGGUGGGCUCGCCUCAAUACAUUCACCACUCAUAUGGACAAGAAACGCAGAAUCUGACCCUGGCAAAUUAUAAUAACUCCUUGUCCCCUCUCCAUGCCAGCCACCAAGAAACCUGUCGCUCUCCUUCAGCAGACACGUCACCUCCAGCACAGACCUUUGACUGGAUGAAAGUCAAAAGGAAUCCCCCCAAAACAGGGAAAGCUGGUGAAUACGGGUAUAUUGGCCAACCCAACACAGUGCGCACCAAUUUUACCACCAAGCAGCUUACUGAGCUGGAAAAAGAAUUCCAUUUCAACAAGUACUUGACGAGGGCCAGGAGGGUGGAGAUCGCGGCCUCGCUGCAACUCAACGAGACCCAGGUGAAGAUCUGGUUUCAGAACCGUCGCAUGAAGCAAAAGAAGAGAGAGAAGGAGGGCCUGCUGCCCAUCUCGCCCACCACCCCAUCCCGGAGCGAGGAGAAGGCCGAGGAAUCCUCAGACAAAUCUACCUCUUCGCCCUGCGUCCCCUCUUCCCCAGCCUCCUCUACCUCAGACACUUUGACUACCUCCAACUGA